AUGGUAAUGUUAAAUCCAGCAGAGGUAUACUUUAAGAAACUUACACGUUACCACAUUUACUUUAUAGGCGUGUUUUUCGCUACCAAGUUUAUGUCUGUUUGGCAUACCCUUAACAUAAUUUUUCUGUCGCCGCCGAUGCAUUAUACUUGUGGCGGCGAUGAAGCAGCGAAGGAAAAUGCGUGUCCCUGUGACAACCCAAUCUGGGAUUACAGUAUGUUCACGAAAACAGUGCAGACAAAAUUUGGGAUCAUAUGCGACAAAAUGUGGCUCAUAAGUAUGAGUGAAAGCAUUUCUUUCUUCGGCUUGCUUGUAGGAGCCUUAGUUUUUGGAUUUUUGUCCGACAGAUAUGGGCGCCUACUGAUAUAUGCUAUAUGCCAGAUAAUCAUCAGCUUGGCUGGUUGUUUAGUGACCGUCACUCACACAUUUUGGCUCUUCUGCAUUACGAGAUUCUUCGAAGGCGCCGGCAAUGGCGGCGCAAUCGUUUCCGGCUACGUACUAUGCGUGGAGUUCAGUGGAACUGACUACCGCCCGUCUGUAUCUACAUUCAUUCACAUGGCCUCCAACUUAGGACUCAUCUGUCUAGCUUGCAUAUCUUACCUACUAAGGGAUUGCGAUCAAUUUCAACUGGCGAUCUCUGUGCCUGUCAUGUUCUGUGCCAUCAUAAAAUUCUUGCUCUUGGAGUCACCGAAAUGGUUAAUGGACAAAAACAAGAAAGAGGAGGCGAUUAAAGUCAUGGAGAAAGUUUGUCGCUUCAAUAAAGUACCCCACGAUACGGUCAGAGCUGAGAUAGAAACAUACCUUUCAUCACAAAGUGAUAAUAAAUCAGAGGACAUAAAAUUUCACCACAUCUUUAAAUAUAGAAACCACACUAAGAAUUUUUUUGUUAUGGCGUAUCUAUAUUUCGUUUGUGGCAUGUGUUACUACGGAGUUUCACAGUUCAUAGGAAAAAUGAGUCCAACAGUUCAUCUAAAUACAGUGAUUAAUGGGACCUUAUUAACGAUAGGGACCAUUAUUGGCAUGCUUGUAGUAAAUAGGUUCGGGAGAAGACCAUUCCUUAGAACAACUAUGUUUCUAUCUGGUGUAUUCAUGUUAAUCGUAAUUUGUGUGCCGGUGACUUUCAAUCCUUCCUGGGUAAGAACAAUGUUUGCCGGUUUAUCUAGUUCAUGCUAUUAUAUGUCUUUUAUUGUUAUUUUUCUUUACGGUGUUGAAUUAUUUCCUACAAAUAUACGUAGUUCUACGUUAGGUGUUUUAUCACUUGUGUCCAGAAUUGGGCAGGUUAUAGGUCCUCAAAUAAAUGCUUUAUCAAAUACUGCAGCGGCUUGUACAUUUGGAAUUUCGGCUCUUAUCGGAGCUCUUGUAACUUUUUUUUUACCUGAGACAAAAGGAAAGGCACUACCUUCUACCUUAGAAGAAGAUACUCAUGUUAGAUUUCUAAAUCGAGUUAGCGCCAUUUCGACAGCUGACGACAGGCAACCACCUGUGUCAUCACAGUCAAAACCUAGCAACUCACGAAAUUAA